CGAAGCAAACAACAGGCAACUAGCGAGUUCGCCGAAUAGCGGUGACUGACCGGUCAAAGACUGUGGGACACAUAUAUAUCCUGAUGUACUCUGUCGCUUUUUCAGUAGUGGUCACAGACGUACUGAUCCAUGGCUUGGUUUUGGACUUCCCCACGGCAUGGCGUUCAUCUUCUGAGCAAGUCUGUACUCACAUGGACUACCGCACCAGCUCUGGGAUGCCGCACACAAGAUCCUUGGACUUUUCGGGUCAUCGGGAGCCCCCUAUAUCUCGUUGGCUAUAAAGAAGACGGAAAUUUUACAGGCCUACGGCGAGCAUUGGGAAAGAAAUUCGUUAGUCGUCAGGUCGCCACUGCAGCGUGUGUUUUAUGUCCCGUAUCAAGCAGGCUACAACCUUGCCCCGGCAGCCACCACGGGUAUAUCACUCUGUCGGUGAUCGUGGGGUUUGUCCCCAACCCCUUCCCCCAAGCUGAUCUCACAUCUCGGUGUCGCCUUCCCCCGCGCUCUUCCCCCGCUUUAGUGCAUUACUUGAGCUAUGUGCUAACUCUGCGUCAUAAAACUCGCCUUGCUGAGACAGGGAAGGAGAGGCGUAAGGUCAUCAUCAGUUAGGUCGAGCAGUACGUGGCUAUGGGUGUUGUACCGACUCCGCGCUAGAAAUGUUU